AUGGGUCCUUUCAAAAAUCCCUUGUCGUUGAUACCUUCUUUUCGUCUUCCAGGAUCCGGAUCCAAAGUCGUGUACGAGGAAUUACCUUCUCAUGAUAUGAGCCAUGCCAGUUCUCCUCUUGACGAGUCGCCUAUAAUGCUAGAUUCCCGGCGCAAAGGGACAUCUACACCCCGUCGCCGAUUAGGGUUAUUCCGCACAUCACCCAAGAGACUGGUUAUCGCCACAUUGGCAUUUUUUGUCACGCUCGUUUUAAUCGCUGGUGGAAGUUUACGAGCGAACCGCUACUAUGCCGAGAAGGAUAAAACUGAAGAGAGGAUCCCUUAUCAUUGGGAAGCGUAUGACCGGUUGAAUGGUUUUUAUAACGGCGUCCGCACCCUUGUGAAUUAUACAGACUGGGUCCCGGAACAGCAAGCCGCGCCAAAAACAAAGAUCAAGGUCAAUAAGGCUCCUCCUUUCGAUCCCGUUGUUGUCAACCCUUAUCCUUUUGAGUCGGAGGAGUAUCUGAAACUUCACCAAUCCCCCAAGAGAUGUUAUUUGGAUGAGAAUGAGGAGCAUGGUGCGCCCGAUGUUUUCGCCUAUCCUGGAAUUCCUGCCGGCAUGGCAGCCCCGUACUGGGGAUCGUACGAGAGCAUUAAAACUGCGCCGGAUAGAUGUUGGGAGCGGUUUGGUCGUUUUGGGCCAUACGGUUAUAGUUACAACCCCGCUGAGGGAGGACUUGGACUCUCGAACAACUCAGCGCAUGUAGGAGCCGAGAAAGUCCAGGAGAUGUUCACCAAAAUCGACUACCGCGGUGUUAACUGGGGCAAAGCGCAGAAGAGAUGUUUUAAAAAGAACCAGGAACGAUUUGACCCCAGUUUAGUAAGCGCCGACGGAGCUUUGUUGCAACAAAAGGUCAAGAGAUCCGCCUAUGUAUUGCGCACCUGGACGGGAUACCAAUACACCGACAUCCAACUUUUGUCGCUGCGAGCCAUGAUUACCGAAUUAUCUUUGAAAUCUGGUGGGGAGUAUGACGUACACCUCCUGGUCCACGUCAAGGACGAUUCGAUACCAAUUUGGGCAUCAGAGGAUAUUUAUAAUCAGACACUCAGAGCCAAUGUACCCGAGGAGUUCUGGGAUAUUACGACAUUAUGGUCGGAACAGUUGAUGCGAACCUACUACCCUGGCCCAUUCCGCGAGGAAGACAACGUCGAAAACCAUUCAAAGGGCGAUAUUCAUGGUGUAUAUCGAAGUGCACACUUCGCCUUGCAAUGGUUUGCUCAGCAGCACCAGGAAUAUGAUUUCUUUUGGAAUUGGGAGAUGGAUUUGAGAUAUACUGGUCACUACUAUGAAUUCCACAAUGGUAUUUCGAACUGGGCAGCUGAGCAGCCACGAAAGCUCCUAUGGGAGAGAAGUUCGCGAUUUUGGAUACCCGGCGCUCAUGGUCCCUGGUCGAAGUUCUCCCAGCUCGUCGAGCAAGAGACGGCAGAAAGAAAAGAGCAACCAGUUUGGGGACCCGUGGAAUUUCCAACUGGUGGUUACGGAAAGAUACCGUCUCCCGAAAAGAAUACGCCGCCGACGAAAUUCGAGGAUGACGAUUAUAAAUGGGGGGUUGGUGAGGAUGCAGAUUUAAUCGUGUUCGAUCCCUUAUUUGACCCGGCAAAGACAAAUUGGGUAUUUCGCAAUGAUGUAUCGGGAUAUAAUACGUCAGUUGAAACUCCGCCUCGACGAGUAGCAAUCAUCACUGUUGCGCGACUGUCGAGAGAAUUGCUCAACACUAUGCACGAGGAAACGUAUCGCCUGCACCAUACCAUGUUCCCGGAGAUGUGGCCGCCAACCGUUGCGCUACACCACGGAUACAAAGCUGUCUACGCCCCGCAUCCGGUCUAUUUCGACCGAAAAUGGCCGCUAGACACCAUGGAUAAGACCUUCAACUACCCUUCUGCGCCACACGAGAGCCCUUUCGGUUGGGGCGAACAUAACAUGCAAGGUGGUAGUUUCUACUACAACGCAGGCUUUAGUGGUGCUCUCUGGCGACGAUGGUUAGGAGCCAAGGAGAACGGCGAGGGUGGCAAGAAGACCGAGCAGUCAAAAUCAGACCGCAUGUGCCUCAGAGGAAUGUUAUUCCAUCCUAUCAAGUCCGAAAGUGUCGAGUAA